AUGUUGGUUGGGACCGCAAUCUUGACCAGUUCUACUACGCUGGCUCAGUUGAUUGUUGGUAGAAUUGUGACCGGUAUUGGAAAUGGUUUCAACUCUAGCACUAUUCCGGUCUAUCAGGCCGAGUGCUCCCCGGCAAGAGUCAGGGGUAUGCUACUUACUACACAGGCCGUUGUUACCAUCUUUGGACUUUGUAUUGCUUAUUGGUUGGAUUAUGGCACAUCAUUCAAUGAUGGGCCCAUGCAAUGGCGUCUUCCUCUUGGAUUCCAGGCCUUUUUUGCCUUGCUUCUCGUUUUACAAAUCCUCAUGCUUCCAGAAACCCCCAGAUGGCUUGUCGCUCAAGAUCGCGGUGAAGAGGCAGCCCAGGUUCUGGCAGAUCUUGAGGGAGAGGAAUAUUCCCCGAUCAUCCAAGAAUUGUUGAACUCCGUCAAGACAUUGAGGCGUCGGUAG